CGCCCCCCAGACACUUCCAGCUCGGACCCGGGUUGUGCUGCUCGCCGGCUCGCUAGCUCUGCUCGCGGCGGGACCGCGGGUUCGGUCCGGCCGCGUGCGCUCCCGUCUGUCCCCCCGCCCGGGACUCCGGGUCCCCGCGGGCGGCCGCGCAAAAUGAAGCUGGCCCUCCUCCUGCCCUGGGCGUGCUGCUGCCUCUGCGGGUCGGCGCUGGCCACCGGCUUCCUCUACCCCUUCCCGGCCGCAGCCCUGCAGCAGCACGGCUACCCCGACGCGGGCGCCGGCUCCCCGGGCAGCGGCUACGGGAGCCGCCGGCAUUGGUGCCAUCACACAGUGACAAGGACCGUGUCCUGCCAGGUGCAGAACGGCUCGGAGACAGUGGUCCAGCGUGUGUACCAGAGCUGCCGGUGGCCGGGGCCGUGUGCCAACCUCGUGAGUUACAGGACUCUGAUCAGACCCACGUACAGAGUGUCCUACCGCACGGUGACGGCGCUGGAGUGGAGGUGCUGCCCAGGCUUUACCGGGAGCAACUGUGACGAAGAAUGCAUGAACUGUACCCGGCUUAGCGACAUGAGUGAGCGGCUGACCACGCUGGAGGCCAAGGUUCUCCUGCUAGAAGCAGCGGAGCAGCCCUCAGGCCCCGACAACGAUCUGCCAGUCCCUCAGAGCACCCCGCCGACUUGGAACGAGGACUUCCUCCCUGAUGCCAUCCCCCUUGCCCACCCAGGGCCUCGGAGGAGAAGACCCACGGGCCCUGUGGGGCCCCCAGGACAGACAGGACCUCCAGGGCCUGCAGGCCCCCCAGGCUCCAAAGGUGACAGGGGCCAAGCAGGGGAGAAGGGCCCAGCAGGGCCUCCUGGCCUCUUGGGGCCACCAGGGCCCCGCGGGCUUCCUGGAGAGACAGGGCGCCCUGGCCCCCCUGGUCCCCCCGGCCCAGCAGGCAGCCCGGGCCUCCCUCCGAACAUCCCCCAAGGCGUCCUGUACUCCCUGCAGCCACCUACGGACAAGGACAAUGGAGACGUGCAGCUGGCUUCUGCUGCUGUGGACACCGUGCUGGCCGGCAUCCCGGGGCCCCGUGGCCCCCCUGGCCCUCCAGGUCCGCCGGGGCCACAUGGUCCCCCGGGGCCCCCAGGUGCACCUGGAUCCCAGGGCCUGGCUGGAGAGCGGGGCACAGCGGGGCCAUCUGGCGAGCCUGGCGGGAAGGGGGAAGAAGAGGAGAAGGCCACCGCUGAGGGCGAGGGGGUGCAGCAGCUGCGGGAGGCCCUGAAGAUCCUGGCAGAGAGGGUCCUCAUCCUGGAACACAUGAUUGGAAUCCACGAUCCUCUGGCCUCCCCAGAGGGGGGCUCCGGCCAGGACGCGGCCUUGAGAGCCAACCUCAAGAUGAAGCGGGGUCCCCCUCCUGAUGCUUCCCUUGCUGCCCUGCUUGACCCUGACCCCGGGAGGAAGAGCACCGGUCGGGCCGGUGCCGGGAAGUAAGAGGCAGCCUGCGGAACAAGCCGGGUCCCCACCCGGGGCCCAGACGGAGGCCUGUGCCACUCCGGCGCCUGCAGGUCCCAUGGGGCUGGGCUCCAGGCACCAACCAUGGCGAGGGAUACUGGCUUCCGGGCUUGGGGACCUGGGGAACAAGGACAGGGGCAGAAGGCCAAGGACCUGGUGGAGCCCUGCCUUGUUCUUACCCUCCCUCGCCCCACUCCCUGCUGGGACAGGGCCUGACGGGCUGGGGGGGUGGGGAAUAAUCCAGUACUCCUCAUUUACCAAGUCCCUGCCAUGCUGGGCCAUCCAAGGAGCUUUCCCUACAUUGUUUCACUUCACCCCCGGGAGAUGGCCUUGUCAUCCCCCCUGACGGGCCGAGGGAGGGGCGGAAGCUUGGAGAGGAUCAGUAACCUACCAAGCCCUGGGGCCAUGGGGGCUUGGGCAGGAUUUGGCCUCUUAGUAGCCAAACUCCUCGCUGCCAGCUUUCCCUCUUCACACUCAGACCGGGCAGGCGCAGGGCCAGGCGGCUCCUGGGUGGGCAGAGCUAUGGGGAGACAGGACUGACUAGCUGGACGAGAGGGCGGGUCCUGGCCUUCCCUUUCUCAGAUCCCCUCCCUGGCUUGGGUCUGCCCUCUGGGCGGGGGUCAUCUUGCCUAUAGCUUCUCUCAGAGGCCAGGGAGCCCCUGAACAUGCCCAUGGGAGUCAGUGGACAUGGAGACGGUGAGAAGAGGAUCGAGACACAGGGGCCCUCAAGUCAAAUUAGCAGUGCCCAUUGCUGCCUCCCAAUGUCUGUGAACCCUCCCACCCUAUCCAGGCCCUCUGCCUCCUGAGCUGCGAACAGGGAGUAUUAGCCCCCCCAAAGGGGCCAUCCUUGCAGCCUUGCCCUCUCCGGGGAUCUCCACGAAUCUGUAGGACCAUCUCUGUGUUCAUUCAAGUCCAGCGUCCCCCUGACAGCCAGAGAAAGGAGAACUGCCACGUCCCGGGCCCUGCUGGGAUAGAUGCUCCCCACUCAGGGCCACAGCUCCAGACAAGCCCCAGAACAGAAGCCCGGCUCCCCGUUCCCUAGAGCUACUACCACAGCCCUCAAGACCUCUCAGGUCAAGGGUCCCCUGUCACCUGAACUGACCCUGGUGCUCCUUCCUCAGUGGGUCAGAACCCAGGACCUAGGACUCAGCAAACUCAGAUUUAUAGGUGCUGGCGCCACCCUGGGGCGCAUCUCCCAGAGCCCAGCCCCAGCCCUCGGUGCUCCUGGGAGGCUGUGGCCUGGUCCCCAGGCCCUAGUAACCUCUCCUUGCCCCAGGCGCUGAUGGUCCCUGGUAAGCAGGGCUGGCGGGGGUCAGGGUACAGCGCUCUGUCCUCAUGGGCGGGCAGAGGCAGGCGGAAGUCUGUAAUGCCCUGACAAUAAAGGUGCUCUCCCCACUGUGGCUCUGGUGUUGGUUGCUGGCAGCGGUGGG